GUUUUACUGGAUAGAAAUGGCGUCUUUGGCGAUGGCAGCGGCAUUCUCUCCUCUACCUCGCGCCAAUCUCGCCCCAGGAUGGACAGGCUCCUCCAUCGCAGUGAGAGCGCAGGCUAAAUCUCCCACGGAGAAGAAAGAGAAGAAGAAGCGCUCGCCGCCAUCGUCCUCGUUCUCCUCCUCCUCGGGCAGGCAGAGGGAUUUCGAGGAUGGAAUGCUCAUCUGGGACGAUGUGUUUGAGAAGUGCUGCGAGGAUCCGGAGCGCGCGGCGGCAUUGAUAUCGGUGGCGGAGAGGGGGUUGAGCGAGCACGGGCGAGGAUGCGUCUUCGUCCGGGAGAUCGCCAAGGCCGUCUCCAAGGGCGCUGGAACCGGCUUCAUGGGCCGAUCGAGGCCUCUGGACAGAUCCAAGAAGAAGAAGCCGUCGUUCUACAAAUCCGAGAGCUGGAGCGUCGAGUAUGUCCCUCGCAAGUUUAUCAUUGAUCCAAAGCUCGCUCCCAGUGAAGAGGAAGAAGGAGAAGAAGGAAAGGUUAUCCUUGAUCAGAAGCUCUCUCCUAGUGACGAGCAACCGACACUGCCAACUUCGUCAGGAAGUGAGAACUCGAGUUCUUCCAGCUCCUCUUCUCAGACCACCGAAGAUCUCCCGCUUGUUCGUCGCAAGGACUUGAUGAUCGUGCUGAGAGGAAUGGACAGAACGAGAGUUUUGAGCUUGACAUCCGAGAGGCUGAUCAAAGACAGCAUCACCGCGAGAUCCGUCCAGAAAACCAGCGAAGAAGAUGAAUUCGAUGCUGGCGGGGAAGAACCAUACAUGCCAUCGAAGCAAGAGCUCGUGUUACUUCUUCACGUAGAUUUCGAUGGAAUGCCCUCGGUUGGCGCGGAUGUUCUUCAAGCACACUCGACUGGCGAUGGCAGGUGGAAGCUCCAGCUGAGAGAUUUCCAGCUCUACCAAUAGGUGUUUGAGAGCAGCACAUAUGAAGAAGCGUGUCCUGGAUCCUGUUUGAUCGCUCGCUCGGUGGUUUUGACUGCUCGCCGAGAAUCCUUGUGGAGUUUGCAAGCGGAGAUCAAAGAGAUCCGAGCGGCACGGUCCGGGACGAAGGGCAUGCUCUCAAACAAAUCGGGCCCAGAUGCCCAAGACGAGCAAGAAUGUCGAUCAAGCAGCCGUAGUGCUCGGCGGUGAUCGCGAGAUUUUUCCUGUCUGUGGUGACGGAAUAGAAUUGCCGCAACGCUUCCUUGA